UAUACCUUUAAAACAUAGCAUACUUAUCAGCAUAAAAGAAAAGUUAAAAUUUAAAUAUGUUAAAAUCUGAAAUGCAGCAUCAAUUUUGGAUUACCAAGAAAACCGUCCAAAGAAAACUUGGUUCUAAGGAAGACGAACAUAUAAUAUCUUCUGAUGCGGAUCUGGAUGCCAAAAUUGAGGUUUUUAAAUCAAUAUCUGCGACUAGUAUAGAGUUGUCAAAAAUAAUUGAUCAAUAUCAAGAAAGACUUUGCAUAUUGUCGCAAGAAGAAAGUGUGUUUGGUCGGUUCCUGAAGGAAGCUGGCAAAAGAAGUAAAACAACUGGCCAAACUAUUACGAACACAGGAAAAGCUGUUUCUUAUUGUGGCCAACAGAGAAUGUGUGUCCGUGUUCCACUUUUAAGAUUGCAACACGAAGUAGACGUUUUUCGUUAUCGCGCUGUUACUGAUACGCAAAACACUAUUACAUCUAUGGAAAAAGAGCGCACUGAAUAUAGAGCAGCUCUCGAAUGGAUGAAAUCUGCAAGCACUGAGCUUGAUCCAGACACAGGCCGUGGAUUGGAAAAAUUUCGAACAGCGCAAUCUCAUGUACGAAAUGCUAAACAACUCUUUGAUAGUUUGUCAAUGGAUUCAAUUCAAAAGAUUGAUCUACUAGCCGCUGCCAGGUGUAAUAUGUUCUCGCAUGUGUUAGUUUCUUACAUGUCAGAAUUGAGACAAUUUGCGCAGAAGACAAAUACCACAUUUGAGGCAAUUUCAAAUGCCCUAGAACAAAAACCUAAAUAUGAUUUUUGUGUACUUAAGGAAUUAACACAACAUGAAGGAAAGCCUGAAAAUAUAAACCACAAUAAAGCGACCUUCGAUAAGGACCAGUCAUUAUUUUUUGCAGAAGAUUUUAUCGAUAAUAACGAUGCUAAUGUCAAUGAUAAUAAGCCAAAAGAGUCUUAUGUUACUGAAAUGUCGGAUGAUACAUUAAUUGAAUUACUCAAUAAUGAAAAUAUAAUGGAUUUGUAUGACCAAAAUCAAAAUGAAUCAGUAGAGGAUGCCAAUAAGUUUGGUGAAUCGAGCGAUUUGCUUUCAAAAAUAUUAAAUGCAAAAGUCUCGGUUUCAUCAGAACUGACACCACUAUCACCAAUAAACUCUCAUACAGGUCAUUUAACAUCAACAAAAAACAAAUGUGCUGAACAAGAGAUUUAUUUAGGAUCAUCAAAAGUUAUCGCAAACGACAAAAGAAAGCCCAUUAAAAACCUAAAACCAAAUCCAUGGAUCGAACUUUUUGCUGAUCUGGAUCCUCUAGCUAAUCUUGAAGCUUUCGAUUUAAAAUUAAGUGGAGAUAGUAAAAACUUUCAACAAACAUAAAUUCUUCAUAAUGUUAAAAACGUAUCCCUUGUAUGUUGGGUAUAAUUAAUUGUUCUUCAAAUAUUUCUGUCGUUUUAUAUGAAAUUAAACAUAUGUGUUAAUAGCAUGUUCAAAUUUGCAGAGUUAAUCAUCUCAACUGUGAUUAAGCUCUAAUCGCAUCAAAAUCGAGAUACAUAAUUAUUCAUAGAUUUAAAGUUUAAAUUUUAAACGUUUUGUUGAUCACUUCAAAUUGACAGGAAUAAAACUUAAAAAUGUCAUUAAUCACAUAGAAUAA